GGCCAUGGCGGAGAACUUGCUGGACGGGCCGCCCAACGCCAAGCGGGCCAAGCUCCACUCGCCCGCCUUCUCCGCCGCCGACGCCGCAGAUUUUGGAUCUCUGUUUGACUUGGAAAACGAUCUUCCUGAUGAGUUGAUCCCUAAUGGAGAUCUGAAUCUUUUAAACAGCAGUGGGAACCUUGUUCCAGAUGCAGCUUCUAAACACAAACAACUUUCUGAUCUUCUGAGGGGAGGCGGCGGCAGCUCUUCUUUAAACCCAGGAAUUGUAAAUGUGAACUCCAGUAACCAGGUCCAACAGGGAGUCAACAGCCAAGUCCAAGGGCAGCCGAACAGCAUGAACAUUGGCAACCUGGGUGCAGUGGGCAAGAGUCCUUUAAACCAGGGGGACACGUCUGCCUCCGCCCUGGUCAAGCAGGCAGCCAGCACAUCCGGGCCCAGCACACCGGCCACUCAAGCCUUGAGCUCUCAGGCACAGAAGCAAGUAGGGAUGGUGACAAGCAGCUCAGCAACCUCUCAGGCAGGAUCUGGGAUAUGUAUAAACAGCGGCUUCAGCCCAGCACAUCCGGGCCUCCUCAGUACUAAUUCUGGCCACAGUUCAAUGAAUCAGACCCAACAAGGGCAGGUGAUGAAUGGAUCCCUUGCGGCAGCCGGAAGAGGAAGAGGCACUGGAAUGCCAUAUACAGCACCCACCAUGCAGGGGAACACUGGCAGUGUGCUAGCGGACACCUUAACACAAGCGGCUCCCCAAAUGGCGAGUCACACAGGGCUGAACCCAACCCAGGCAGGAGCCCUGGCAAAAAUGGGAAUGGUCAGUAACACAAGUCCCUUCGGGCAGCAAUUUAGUCAGACUGGAGGGCAGCAGAUGGGAACGACAGGAGUGAACCCUCAGUUGCCAGUUAAGCCAGGUGCAUCUCCCUUUCCUACAGACAUCAAGAGUGUCUCAGUUACCAGUGUGCCAAAUAUGCCUCAAAUGCAAACCCAGGUGCAGCAAGUGGGAAUGGUGCCAACACAGGCAAUGGCAACAGGACCCACAGCGGAUCCUGAAAAGCGCAAACUUAUUCAGCAACAACUGGUUCUGCUACUUCAUGCUCACAAAUGUCAAAGACGAGAGCAAGCAAAUGGAGAGGUGCGCGCUUGUGCUCUUCCCCAUUGUCGAACGAUGAAAAAUGUUCUCAAUCACAUGACGCAUUGUCAAGCUGGAAAGGCCUGUCAAGUUGCCCACUGUGCAUCAUCGCGUCAGAUCAUAUCCCACUGGAAGAACUGUACUCGGCACGAUUGCCCUGUGUGUCUGCCACUGAAAAAUGCCAGUGACAAGAGAAACCAGCAACCGCUCCUUGGAUCCCCUGGUAAUGGAAUACAGAAUUCUGUUGCUUCUGGAACAAGCCAGCCAACAGCUCCUUCCCUCAGUAACCCGAACCCAAUCGACCCCAGCUCCAUGCAGCGGGCCUACGCUGCUCUUGGCUUGCCCUAUGGCAAUCAGCCACAGGCGCCUUUGCAACCGCAAGUACAAGGCCAGCAAACGGCUCAGCCUCAGACCCAUCAGCAAAUGCGGACCAUAAAUGCAUUGGGAGCUACUCAGAUGAAUCUGGCAGCGGGAGGAUUAGCAGACCAGCAGGCUGGCAUGGAGACGGCUCUUCCGACUUCACUUGCGGCUGCAAACCCUUUACUGAAUGAUGGCCCAAAUUCCGGCAGUGUUGGAAAUCUUGGGGGCUCCAUGCCGACGGCCGCACCACCAUCGAGUGCCGGGAUGAGGAAAGCAUGGCAUGAACAUGUCACUCAGGAUUUGCGCAAUCACUUAGUCCAUAAGCUCGUCCAAGCCAUCUUUCCCACUCCUGACCCAGCUGCACUGAAAGAUCGCCGGAUGGAGAAUCUGGUGGCUUAUGCUAGGAAAGUGGAAGGCGAUAUGUAUGAAUCAGCUAACAGCAGGGAUGAAUACUACCAUUUAUUGGCUGAAAAAAUCUAUAAAAUACAAAAAGAACUAGAAGAAAAGCGGAGGUCUCGUUUGCACAAGCAAGGGAUCUUGGGUAACCAGCCGGCCUUACAGCCCCCAGGGAGUCAGGCCGCCGGCAUCCCUCAGGUGGCAGCAACCAUGGCCCAGCCUGUGAGACCUCCCAAUGGGCCGAUGCCAAUGCCAGGCGUGCCUAUGAGCCGCAUGCAGGUCUCUCAAGGAGUGGGAGUGAAUCAGUUUAACCCUAUGUCCAUAGGGAAUGUCCAGAUGCCUCAGGCACCCCUGGGACCCCGUGCGGCCUCUCCAAUGAACCACCCUGUCCAGAUGAACAACAUGAGCUCCGUUCCAGCAAUGGCCGUGUCCCCUUCACGGAUGCCUCCGCCUCAGACCGUGAUGGGAGCCCAUUCCAACAGCCUGAUGGGUCAAGCCUCUACCCAAACCCAGUUCCUGCCACAAAAUCAGUUUCCUGCCUCCGCUGGAGCCAUGAAUGUCAACAGUGUGGCCAUGGGGCAAUCAGCAACGCAGGCCGCAGUAUCACAGCAGGGACAAGUUGCCGGUGCAGCUCUUCCAAAUUCUGUGGCUAUACUAGGACCACAAAGUAGUCAGCUCUCCUGUCCUCCGGUGACCCAGCCGCCCCUUCAUCAACCUGUGCCUCCUAUGGCAAGCGUGCCAUCUGUUCAGCACCAGACCCCUCCACAGCCAGCAGUGCCUGCCCAGCCAGCCACGCCAGUCUCUGCUUCAGGACAAGCCCCCACCCCAGUAGCUGGCUCCGUUCCAAACGCCAUGCAGACGCAAAGCACACCGUCCGGGCAAGCGGCCGCGCAGAAUCAAGCCACGCCGCGGCCUCAGACUCCAGUGCAGCCCCCCUCUGUGCCAACCCCGCAGCCACCUCCACAUCAGCCAGCCUCCGCCCAGGCCCCUGCCACACCCCUAUCUCAAGCAGCUGCAAGCAUUGAAAACCGGGUUCCGACCCCAGGCUCUGCUGCCAGUGUGGAUGUCAACACCCAGCAGCUUGGGCACGACACACAUGUGCAAGAGGCGAAACCAGAAGUCAAGCCUGGAAAAGCAGAGCCCGAGUGUGGCGAAGCACCAGCGGAGCCCAAGCCAGAGUUGGAGGAGGUCUUGCAAGGGCCCCCACAAGCCAAAGAAGAGUCCAACGGCCUGGAGAUCAAGCACGAGCCCAUGGAAAUAGAGGGAAAGAAGCCAGAGACAAAGGAGGAGGAUGACAGCGGUGGUGGCGGCGGUGGCGCCCCUUCCCAGUCCACGUCUCCAUCCCAGCCGAGGAAAAAGAUCUUUAAACCCGAAGAGCUGCGCCAGGCCCUCAUGCCUACCCUGGAAGCCUUGUAUCGACAGGACCCCGAGUCUCUGCCCUUCAGACAGCCUGUGGAUCCUCAGCUCUUGGGCAUUCCGGAUUAUUUCGACAUUGUGAAGAAUCCCAUGGAUCUUUCCACAAUUAAACGCAAAUUGGAUACGGGACAGUACCAAGAACCGUGGCAGUAUGUGGAUGAUGUCUGGUUAAUGUUUAAUAACGCCUGGCUUUAUAAUCGCAAGACAUCCAGAGUCUAUAAAUUUUGCACUAAACUUGCUGAGGUCUUCGAACAAGAAAUUGACCCUGUUAUGCAGUCCCUGGGAUACUGUUGUGGGCGCAAGUAUGAAUUUUCUCCUCAAACUUUGUGCUGCUAUGGCAAACAGCUGUGUACCAUUCCCCGUGAUGCCACCUACUACAGUUACCAGAACAGGUAUCACUUCUGCGAGAGGUGUUUCACUGAAAUCCAGGGGGAAAACAUUACCUUAGGGGAUGACCCUGCCCAGCCACAAACAACAAUUUCGAAAGAUCAGUUUGAAAAGAAGAAAAAUGACACUCUAGACCCAGAGCCGUUUGUGGAUUGCAAAGAAUGUGGCCGGAAGAUGCACCAGAUCUGUGUGUUGCAUUAUGAUAUCAUUUGGCCUUCAGGCUUUGUUUGUGACAACUGCUUGAAGAAAACGGGGCGAACACGCAAAGAUAACAAAUUCAGUGCCAAGAGGUUGCAGACCACCCGCUUAGGAAACCAUUUGGAAGACAGGGUAAACAAAUUUUUGCGGCGGCAGAACCACCCAGAAGCAGGGGAAGUGUUUGUGAGAGUAGUAGCCAGUUCAGAUAAAACGGUGGAAGUGAAACCAGGAAUGAAAUCAAGGUUUGUAGAUGCUCGUGAGAUGGCCGAGGCCUUCCCAUACCGAACAAAGGCCCUCUUCGCUUUUGAAGAGAUAGAUGGCGUGGAUGUUUGCUUCUUUGGCAUGCACGUGCAGGAGUAUGGCUGGGAUUGCCCACCCCCAAACACCAGGCGUGUGUACAUAUCCUAUCUGGACAGUAUUCAUUUCUUCCGGCCAAGAUGUCUCCGGACAGCUGUUUACCAUGAAAUCCUCAUUGGAUACCUGGAAUAUGUCAAGAGACUCGGGUAUGUGACAGGCCAUAUCUGGGCCUGCCCGCCAAGUGAGGGGGAUGACUAUAUCUUCCACUGUCACCCUCCCGAUCAGAAAAUCCCCAAGCCCAAGCGCCUGCAGGAGUGGUACAAGAAGAUGCUGGACAAGGCCUUUGCAGAGAGGAUCAUUCACGACUACAAGGACAUCUUCAAACAAGCAACUGAGGAUCGGCUGACCAGUGCAAAAGAACUCCCUUACUUUGAAGGCGACUUUUGGCCCAACGUGCUGGAGGAGAGCAUUAAAGAGCUGGAGCAAGAAGAGGAGGAGAGGAAGAAGGAGGAGAGCACAGCUGCUAGCGAAGCACCAGAGGGGAGCCAGAGCGACAGCAAAAACGCGAAGAAGAAGAACAGCAAGAAGGCCAACAAGAACAAGAGCAGCAUCAGCAGAGCCAGCAAGAAGAAGCCCAGCAUGCCAAAUGUGUCCAAUGACCUCUCUCAGAAGCUCUAUGCCACCAUGGAAAAGCAUAAGGAGGUAUUCUUUGUGAUUCACUUACACGCUGGACCGGUCAUCAACACGCUGCCCCCCAUUGUGGACCCAGACCCAUUACUCAGCUGUGAUCUGAUGGACGGUCGUGAUGCCUUCCUCACUUUAGCCCGGGACAAGCACUGGGAGUUUUCUUCGCUCCGUCGCUCCAAGUGGUCCACCCUGUGUAUGCUCGUGGAACUCCACACGCAAGGGCAGGAUCGUUUUGUCUACACGUGCAAUGAGUGCAAACACCACGUGGAAACCCGGUGGCAUUGCACCGUCUGUGAGGAUUACGACCUCUGCAUUAACUGCUAUAACACCAAGAGCCAUGAACACAAGAUGGUGAAGUGGGGCCUGGGCCUGGACGACGACAGCCACAGCCAAGGAGAGCAGCAGUCGAAGAGCCCACAGGAGUCGCGCCGCCUGAGCAUCCAGCGCUGCAUCCAGUCCCUGGUGCACGCCUGCCAGUGCCGCAACGCCAACUGCUCCCUGCCCUCCUGCCAGAAGAUGAAGCGGGUCGUCCAGCACACGAAGGGCUGCAAGCGUAAGACCAACGGGGGCUGCCCCGUCUGCAAGCAGCUGAUUGCCCUCUGCUGCUACCACGCCAAACACUGCCAAGAGAACAAAUGCCCUGUGCCCUUCUGCCUCAACAUCAAACACAAGCUCCGCCAGCAGCAGCUCCAACACCGCCUGCAGCAGGCGCAGCUGAUGCGGCGACGGAUGGCCACCAUGACCACCCGCAACGUGCCUCAGCAAAGUUUGCCUUCUCCUACCUCAGCCACUCCUGGGACUCCGACGCCGCAGCAGCCCAGCACCCCCCAGCCCCCCACCCAGCCUCCCACCCAGCCCUCCCCCGCCAGCAUGUCUCCGGCUGGCUUUCCCAGUGGGACAAGAACUCAGCCUCCGCAGCCGCCCAUUUCAGCAGGCAAACCCGCCACCCCUAUGGCCGUGCCCCCCCCUCCCUCCCAGCCUCCCCCAGGAGCCGUGGAAGCUGCUCGGCAGAUUGAGAUGGAAGCUGCCCAGCAGCAGCAGCAGCAGCUGUACCGGGUCAGCAGCAACGGCUUGCCUCCCGGCCGAGCGGGCCUGGUGAGCCCAGCGGUGGGAGCCGUCAAUCCCCUGCAGCAGGUGGGCAUGAAUGUACCCCGGCCCAGCUCGGUGGGCAGCCCAGUGAUGUCCGGCCUGCAGCCUGGGCAGUGGCAGUCGGCUCCCUUGCCUCAGCCACCGCAGCCCCUGCAGCCAGGCAUGCCGAGGCCCGGCAUGCCCAUGGCUGCCCAGCAGGUGAUCACUGGGCCCAGGAUGCCAGGAGUGCAGCCGCCCCCCCGCAGCAUCCCCCCCAACGCUCUGCAGGAGUUGCUGCGGACUUUGAAAUCGCCCAGCUCCCCCCAGCAGCAGCAGCAAGUGCUCAAUAUUCUGAAGUCCAACCCUCAGCUCAUGGCCGCUUUCAUCAAGCAGAGAACAGCCAAGUACGUAGCGAAUCAGCCAGGCAUGCAGCAGCCCCAGCCCCCUCCGCCCCCUCCGGCAAGCCUGCACGCUCCAUCCAGCUUACAGAACAUUAAUGCGCUGCAGGCCGGGGGCCAGAGGCCUGGCGUGCCUCCCCAGCAGCCAGGCAUGGCAGGCUUGAGUCCCCAGGGCCAGGCGGUUCUGACCCCGAGCCACAAUGCAAGCAUGGCCACCAUGAGCCCUCAGUACCGGGAGAUCCUGAGAAGGCAGCUCCUGCAGCAGCAAAGCAGCCCCGGCCUUGCUGCUCAUAAUCAGUUCCAGCCGCCAGGCCCCGGGGGCUACUCCCAAGCCCUGCAGCAGCAGCAGCAGCAUCUCUCGCUCCAGGGGGGAGCCCUGGGUCAGAUGGCGCAGCUGAACCCGAUGGGGACAGACGGCAGUCCCAACAUCCAGCAAGCUUUGCAACAGCGCAUGCUGCAGCAACAGCAGCAGAUGAAGCAGCAGAUCGGCUCCCCGGCUCAGCCCAACCCGAUGAGCCCCCAGCAGCACAUGCUCUCAGGACAACCGCCGGCGCCUCACCUCCCCGGCCAGCAGCUCCCCACUUCCCUCAGCAACCAGGUGCGGUCCCCGGCGCCGGUGCAGUCUCCCCGCCCCCAGUCCCAGCCGCCACAUUCCAGCCCGUCCCCCCGGCUGCAGCCCCAGCCGUCCCCUCACCACGUCUCUCCGCAGACCGGCUCCCCGCACCCUGGGCUGGCUGUGACGAUGGCCGGCUCCCUGGAGCAGGGACACCUGGGCAACCCCGAACAAAGUGCCAUGCUGCCCCAGCUCAACCCCCCCAACAGGAAUGUGUUACCCAAUGAAUUAGCCCUGGUUGGCGACACUACAGGCGGGGACACGCUCGAGAAAUUCGUGGAGGGCUUGUAGCGGCCUGGGAGCCGGACAGC